AUGUGUAGUGAACAGUUUAAUCAGAUCAAUGAUUGGGUUAGUCUAACAAGUGAUCAGGUUAGCCCAACAAGUGAUCAGGUUAGUUCGAUAAGUAAUCAGAUUAGUCUUACAAGUAAUCAG